CAUAUAUCUUUUAUCUUACGACCAAGAAGAUCACACAAAUCGUCGUCCUUGUACGGCACGCAUAGUUUAUGUAAGCGGUUGUACACACGUGAUGACGUUUGGAUCUAGGCCUUUCAGGUUACCAUUUCCAUGCACGUUCCUCUUUUGCCAACUUCAUCACAUCCAUGUAGCACAAAGCGUCGGCGUUCUCGGACUUCCAUCGUGCUAGCCAUCUCAUGUCGGCCUGCUGUGCUACAUAAUGGCGGAUUCCACUUUCUUGACCAGCUUGUCGUACGUCUUUGGCUGGACGUACUUCACCUGCUGGUCUCUCUCGUUCUAUCCCCAAUCAAUCCUCAACUUCUCGCGCAAGUCAACAUCGGGAACCACUAUAGACUUUCCUCUCAUAAACUCGCUAGGUUUUUUCGCCUACACCAUCUCCAACAUCGCCUUUGCGUAUUCCCCCUUGAUCCGCGCCCAGUACGCAGUCCGUUACAAGGGCUUGACGCCAACGGUCCAGCUCAACGACAUUACCUUUGCUUUCCACGGCCUCAUCCUCUGCUUCGUCACCGUCAGUCAGUACCUCUUCCCUCGCGCGUGGGACUUCGCGCCGAGCCUCGGCAGCCGUCCCAGCCGCUUCAUUCUGGGAACCUUCUUCGGCUGCGUAGCUGGGGCGCUCAUCAUCAUUGCCCGGGUGUGGGCCUCGCCAGUUCGCAACGAUACAAGCGGCGCGGCGGUGACUGAAGGUGGCUGGGUCUGGCUAGACGCCAUCUACGCCGUUUCGUACGUCAAGCUCGUUGUUACCUUGAUCAAGUAUACGCCGCAGGUUAUUGUCAACUACCGCAACCGGUCGACCGAGGGGUGGUCCAUCUUGCAGAUUCUGUUGGAUUUCGGCGGCGGGAUUCUGAGUAUUGCGCAGCAGGCUAUUGAUAGUUACCAGCAGGGCGACUGGUCGGGCAUCACGGGGAACCCGGUCAAAUUCGCGUUGGGGAACGUGUCGAUGAUUUAUGACUUGGUGUUUAUCGUGCAGCAUUAUGUGCUUUAUCGUCAUGCAGCGGGAGCAAAGGCGGAUGGUGGUGAGGGGGACUCUGAUCUGGACCCAUUGCUCAGAGAGGAUGUGAGGGGAGGGGGUGAUGAGGAGAGACGGAUUCAGUGAGAGGGAUGACUAGCUCCACGACUCAUUUAUACACACCUCCACAUCGUGUCCAGUCCAGCCCGCUCGAUGACGAGUUGUUGAGAUGGCCUUCGCGUUGGAGGUAUUUUACUCUGCCUUGUCGACGUCUACGGUCGUGUCUCCUACUAACUUUGGCGGCGGGUUUCAUUUCGUUUGGAGGACCCGGGAUCUGUUGGGUUCGAUGCAGUGUCAUCUUAUUUGCAUCUGCAAGGAACUUCCGGAUGCAACUCGGAUAUAUUUCAUUCUAAGACAGCCGGGAAAGGAAACAGCCCAAAAAAUCCAAGUCGAUAACUGAA